AAUCAUGAGUUUAAGUAUCAUUCUGAGUAAACUUAGUUCUGUCUUUCCUCUUGGAGCCUCUUACGGGAUACAGCCCAGGAAAGGCUGCUUGUUCCCUGCAACUGGGGGAUCAAUUACCUUCACCAGAAUCACUUCAGGGCAGAGACACAGAUACAGGUACCUUCCUAAAGGUGGACAUUUUAACAUUUUCUUUAGAAAUCACUCAAGGACACAUUUUAACAGAGGAAAAUACUUUACAUACUCCCAAGAUGAGUGAGCAGGAGGUCACUUAUUCAACUGUCAGAUUUCAUAAGUCUUCAGAGUUGCAGAACCAAGUGAGGCCUGAGGAUAUUCAAGAGCCCAGAGAAGCUGGCCACAGAGAAUGUUCUGUCCCCUGGCACCUCAUUGUGAUAGCUUUUGGAAUCCUCUGUUCCCUUCUGCUGGUAACUGUUGCAGUGUUGGUGACAAACAUUUUUCAGUGUCGUAAAGAAAAACAUGAACCACAGGAAACUUUAAACUGCCACCAUAACUGCAGCACCAUGCAACGUGACAUCGACUUACAGAAAGAAAUGCUGAGGAGUAAGACUAUAGAGUGUAGUCCUGGAAAUGAGCUUCUGGAAUCCCUCAGUAGAGAACAGAACAGAUGGUACAGCGAAACCAAGACUGUUUUAAAUUCCUCACAUCACACAGGCAGUGAAGUUGAAAUACACUGGUUCUGCUAUGGUAUAAAAUGUUAUUAUUUCAUCAAGGACAGAAAGACAUGGCAUGGAUGUCAACAGACCUGCCAGAAUUAUCGCUUAUCCCUUCUGAAGAUAGAUGAUGAGGAUGAAUGGAAGUUCCUUCAGCUCCAGGUGAUUCCAGACAAUUACUGGAUUGGAUUGAAAUAUGAUCAAAAGAAAGGAGAAUGGACAUGGAUUGACAAUGUCCCAUCUAAAUUUGCCUUGAACACAAGGAAAUACAAUGUAAAGGAUGGAGGAUGUUUGUUCUUAUCUAAAACAAAACUAGACAACAUUGACUGUUUCAAAUUAUACAGCUGUAUUUGUGGGAAGAGACUAGAUAAAUUCCCUGAUUGAUUCUCUAAUGAGUGUUAAAGUCUGGUGUGCAGAGAGGUAAUCCGGAAGAUUUGGGGAAUGUUCUCUGGAAUCUUACUUGACAGUGGAGAGGACAUCUUACAUCCUGAAGGAGGCAAGAUAGAUCUUCUGUGGUGCAUAGAAAAGAUUUGUCAAAAAGCCUGGAGGAAUCUGUUCUGUUUGCUUAAAUUACUAUAGAACUAAAUAAAAAGAAAACCCUAAUAAACA